AUAAAGAGCUAUCGCGUCCGAGGAUGAAUGCAUAGCGCAUACUGUGGUGCAGAGAGUGCCUAGAGCUUAGUAAUAUAACUAUCCCUGUCCGCGGUGACAUCAAAUUGCAUCAUCUCCCAUCGUCGGAGCUCAGCAUCUUCAACCCCACUCAACUAGCCUACACCACAUCUCUCAACCAUCUAGCAUGGAAAACAUACGCCCUCAGACACAAUCACUGUACCAAUCCCCUCCUUUACCUAUCACAAAACAUAACACCAACGUCGACGCCCGCUACCGCACCCUCCAAAGCCGCUCAUCCUCAGCAUCAGACAUAUUCAUCUACGGGGUCCGCUCUACGAAGAUCUAUUGUGUCCCCACUUGCACAGCGCGUCUCGCGCGCCGCGCAAACGUCGUGUUUUUCAAUACAGUUCAAGAAGCGCGCCGCGACGGAUUUCGACCGUGUAAGCGGUGUCGGCCUGAUGAGAGUGGGUUCCGCGGGAAAGCGGAAGAGGUUGUUGGACGGGCUAUUUCGCUCGCGACUAUGCGAGGAGGUGAUGAUGGAGUUGAAGUGGGGAAGGCGAGGAGGGACACAAUGGGCGUGAGCGAUCUUGCGAGAGAGGUCGGUGUUUCACCUAGUUAUCUGUCGAGGGUCUUCAAGCGGGUUAUGGGGGUUACGGUUGGGGAGUACCUGGUUGAGUUUGAACGGGGGGGCGCUGGGUCGGUGGGUAUGGAGAGGGGUCCGCUGAUACCUGAGCAUAGUCCGGUGGGCUCGAUAGAGAGUGAGGAUAUCCACGAGGCGUCGGAUUUUGCGGACUUUGACCUGGAUGAAUGGUUCUGGACGGGGGACUACUUGCAUGGCACGAGGGAUGUGCAGACAGUAUAA